AUGUGUAGACAAAGUUCCGGUUCUAUGAUAGUUCUAUUUACUUCAAUUUUGGAACCGAGAAUGCUUUAUUGGUGGCUAUUAUUAUUUUCUUUGGCUGUCCAGGCUAAUUGGGACCAGAACAAUUCUGACAAAGCAGUCUUAGGAACUGACGAAGACACCCCUGAUCAGGACUAUUUUGAACUUAUAAAAUAUGCCCACCUAUCUUCAGUUGCAUAUUGUGCUCCUUUGGGGUUAGAAACAGGUACCAUAGGUAGCCAAGGUGAUAAAUGUCCUUCGCCAUCUUGCAGUCACGAGCAUAUUAAAGAUAUAGAUAUCGUGACGAGAUUCAAUUUUGAUAAUUUCCUUGAUGUUGGCAAUGGUUUCAUAGCAUUAGAUCCAGAGGAAGACUUCAUUUACGUUGUCGUCAAGGGCACCUCUUCAAGUACCGAUUGGAUCAACAACUUGGAUCUUGUCAAUACCGAAUAUCAACCACAGGCAAUCUUAGAUCCUAGAUAUGAUGUAUCUGGCAUAUGCUGCACUGAUUGUCGAGUGCACAGGGGCUUUGCAUCAUUCAUAAAAACGAAUGGCUAUGAGGUAAUAAAGAUGAUUUUGGAACAAAAGAAAAAAUACCCUCACCGAGAAAUUAAGAUCGCAGGCCAUUCACUUGGAGCUGCUUUGGGGCUUUUGAUUGGAAUAGAGCUUCGUCUUUUGGGAUACGAAGCAUUGGUUGUUACUUUGGGUAGUCCAAAGAUCGGGAAUCCGCAGUUUACCAAGUUUGUGGACGACCUAUUUGAAACUGACAAUGUAGUACAGCACAUCGAAGAGUACAAGUCUUUCGAGACCUUAACCAGCGGAUACAUUCGAAUGAUUCACAAACACGAUCUCAUACCUUUCUUGCCUCCAACCAAUAAGUACACUCUUGCAGGGUAUGAAUACUACCUUGGCAUCGAAGGACUCCAACAGACACCUAUGACGGUGUAUCGGAGAGCAACAGACUAUCUUGAGGAUAAGAAGUUCGAUUAUUGGGAUACCAUCAAGAACUUCAGACGCAUAGACCAUUCAAGUUAUUUCCUUCCUGUGACAACAUGCGUUCUUGGAUGA